AUGCGCCGAGCUGAUGACAACGCCCCCGAGACCGCGGCAAACAAGUCGACAGUUGAGCCCAAACGCUUCAUCGUCGAGUUCGACAAGGGCGCCGACGCAUCCGCCCUAGCCGCCGACAUCGCCAAUCAGCGCGGCGCAAAGGUCCUUCGCGUCUUCACCAGUGACAUCUUCACCGGUGCCGCCGUCGAGACGGACGUGGAGAACAUUGACUCUCUGCAAGCGCUCGAGCCCGUCAAAGUGGCGUGGCAGUCCCGCAAGUUGAAGCUUGCGCCCAGCACGCCGCUUGCGUCGUUCGUGGAGAAUGCUACUGCUAUCGACUAUGAUAUUCACCACAUGACUGGCGUCGAUAAGUUGCAUGAGGCUGGUGUGUUAGGGAAGGGAGCUAAGGUUGCUGUUGUUGAUACUGGGAUUUGGUAUACUCAUGAAGCGCUCGGUGGUGGAUUUGGUGAGGGCUUCAAGGUUGCUGGUGGUUAUGACUUUGUUGGUGAUGGAUCUUGGCCGAACGAGGGUCAAGUAAAGAACCCCGAUGCCGACCCCUUGGACCAGCAAGGCCACGGAACCCACGUCGCCGGCAUCAUCGCCGGUAACAGCAGCAUCCUCACCGGCGUCGCCCCAGCAGCAACCCUCUACGCCUACAAAGUCUUCGGCACAGUAGACGGCACCGACGAAGACACCCUCAUCGAGGCCUUCCUCGCAGCCUACGAAGCCGGCGUGGACAUCAUCACCUCCUCCAUCGGCGGCAUCAGCGGCUUCACAGACAACGCCUGGGCCGUCGUGGCCACGCGCCUCGUAGACCAGGGCGUCGUCGUCACUAUCUCCGCCGGCAACGACGGGCAAGCCGGCGCCUAUGCGGCCAGCAGCGGCUCCUCGGGCGAGCACGUCGUCGCCGUGGCAUCCGUCGAGGCUGACGUGCUCGCUUCCUCGUCGUUCCGGGGUGUUUUCUCCCUCGGCGGCGAGACGAAUGAGACGAGGGUUGCGUAUCGUGCUGUCGAAGAUUGGUACCCUUCUGAGGUGAAGGAUUGGCCCAUCGUGCCCCUGAGCCUCAACUCGAGUACCGCAGAUGAGGCGUGCAACCCUCUCCCCGCGGGAACUACCCCGGACCUGACGGGAGUCGUGGCCCUCGUCCGCCGGGGAGGCUGCAACUUUGAUCAGAAGCAGCGUAACCUAGCCCCCUUCAACGCCUCGCAUAUUCUCUUCUACAGCAACGAGAUGCCGCUCGUGCGCCCAACAACGGAAGACACCUCAAGCCUCAUUGCAAUGGUUGACGCGCGCGUCGGUGCCGCCAUCAUCGGCACCGUCCGCGCGGGCGGCAAGGUGACGGCAGACUUCACCGAACGUCCCAUCUUCCACAUCGUCGGCAUCAACAACGAAGAGAACGGCGGUGUCGCAAGCUCCUUCACUUCCAUCGGCGCCACGAAUGACCUCUUCAUCAAGCCUGAUGUCGCAGCUCCCGGUGGCCAGAUCUUGAGUUCCUAUGUUGGCGGGGGGUAUGCUAUCCUCAGCGGCACGUCCAUGAGCUGUCCUUACGUCGCCGGUGUUGCAGCUCUCUGGGCGGGUAAAUUCGGAGGACGCAGCGUUCACGGGCCCGAAUGGGCAAAGAACCUAGCCAUGCGUCUCAUUUCCUCCGGCGAGGCGAUCAAAUGGGACGACGGUCAGCUCAACAACAACCCAUACGACUUCCUCGCGCCCGUAGCGCAGGUCGGAACGGGUCUCAUCAACGCCACCAAAGUCCUUGAGUACGGUACCGCCCUCUCCUUUGCCAAAUUCGCCCUCAACGACACGCACCACUUUAGCCGGUACCACGCCGUGGACAUCACCAACGCCGGCGCCGAGCCCGUGACGUACAACUUUGAGCAGCAGGAGUUUGGCGGCAUGAACACCGUCAACCUUGACCCGACUGCGUGGGGAACGCCCAAGAUUGCGUGGUUCGAGGAGGUCAUGUCCGCGCCUCAGAAGAUGACGCCGUCAAUAUCCUUCCCCCGCCCCCUGACUGUCCAGCCGGGAGAGACGAAGACUGCUCAGUUCGGCUUCAACUACCCCGACGCCGCAGCUCAGGGCCUUGAUGCGGCUAAGCUGCCCCUUUACAGCGGAAAGGUCCUCAUAAAGGGGAAUAACGGUGAAACGCUCGGUGUGCCAUACCUGGGUCUGGCUGCGGACCUUCACAAGGACGUGGGCAUCAUGUUCCAGUAUCCGACGGGUUUCCCGCGCAUCACGUCUACCCGUAGCGACAUCCCUAUUGCUCAGAAAGCCAACUUCACGUUCAACCUUGACCCUGCGGUCCAGGACUUCCCGAACCUGUACGCCCGCAUUCAGUACGCUACCCGUGAGCUGCGGUGGGACAUCUUCGAUGCCUCCUGGGUGGAGAGAGACUGGAAGUACCCUCCCGUCGUUGGCCAGGCUGGCUUCGUGGGCGCGGCGACGAGCUGGGCGAAGGCCUCGGGGAAGACGUUUAUCGAUCCUAGUGUGGAUGACCCGAACGAUAUCAUCACGCUGCCCAUGCGUGACGUGCCAAGAGACAUCGUCGGUGUGUACGGUGUUGAGUUGUGGUGGCUGGGUCGUCUGGCGAAUGGUACGCAGAUCGCGCCUGGCAAGUAUAAGAUGCGAUUCGCUGCUUUGGUUCCGUUUGGGAACCCUGAGGCUUCAGAUAAUUGGGAUGUCUACGAGACUCCAGCCUUUGAAGUCUUGCCUCUGUCAGUUUGA